AUCUGGUCUCCUCGGGUCCCUUCUCCCUGCAGCAUGGCGAAGAACAAACUUCUUCAUCCGAGUCUUGUUCUCCUUCUCCUAGUCCUCCCGCCCACAGUCUCUGGCAACCCGCAGUAUAUGGUGCUGGUCCCAUCCCUGCUCCACACUGAGACCCCUGAGAAUGGCUGCCUCCUUCUGAGCCACCUGAAUGAGACCGUGACUGUGAGCGCUUCCUUAGAGUCUGUCAGGGAAAACAGGACCCUCUUUACUGAACUCACAGUGGAGAAGGACUCAUUCCACUGUGUCUCCUUCACUGUCCCAAGAUCUCCAGCCAAUGAAGAGGUAAUGUUCCUCUCUGUCCAAGUGAAAGGAUCAACCCAAGAGUUCAAGAAGAGGACCACAGUGGUGGUUAAAAAUGAAGAGAGUUUGGUCUUUGUCCAGACAGACAAACCCAUCUACAAACCAGGGCAGACAGUGAAGUUUCGUGUGGUCUCAUUGGAUGAAAAUUUUCACCCCCUGAAUGAAUUGAUUCCACUAGUGUACCUUCAGGACCCCAAACAAAAUCGCAUCACACAGUGGCGGAAUCUCCAGUUAGAGACUGGCCUCAAGCAGUUGUCUUUCCCACUCUCAUCAGAGCCUGUUCUCGGCUCCUACAAUCUGGUGAUACAGAAGGAAUCAGGCAAAAGAAUACAGCACCCCUUCACGGUGGAAGAAUUUGUGCUUCCCAAGUUUGAAGUGAAAGUAACAAUGCCAAAGAUAAUCACUAUCUUGGAAGAAGAGAUAAAUGUGUCAGUGUGUGGCUUAUACACCUAUGGGAAGCCCGUCCCUGGAACUGUAACUGUGAGCAUAUGCAGAAAGUAUAGUAACCCUUCUAACUGCUUUGGUGAAGAGUCGGAGGCAAUCUGUGAGAAAUUCAUUCGGCAGCUAAACAGCCAUGGCUGCUUCUCUCAGCAAGUGAGUACCAAGAUUUUCCAGAUGAAGAGGCAAGAGUAUGAAAUGAGACUUCAUUUGGAGGCCAAGAUCCAAGAAGAAGGAACAGAGGUGGAAUUAACUGGAACUGGGUCCAGUGAUAUUACAAGAACCAUAACCAAACUCUCAUUUGUGAAAGUGGAUACAAACUUUAGAAAAGGGAUCCCCUUUUUUGGACAGGUGCGCCUAGUGGAUGGGAAAGGUGUCCCCAUGCCAAAUAAACUCAUCUUCAUCCAAGCAAAUGAAGCUGACUAUCACGCCAAUGCUACCACCGAUGAACAUGGCCUGGUGCAGUUCUCCAUCAACACCACCAGCAUCAUAGGUGCCACCCUCACUGUCAGAGUCAAAUACAAGGAUCAUACUCCCUGUUAUGGUUACAAUUGGCUGACAGAAGAAAACGAAGACACAUCCUACACUGCUAAACAUGUAUUCUCCUUAAGCGAGAGCUUUGUCCACCUUGAGCCUGUGGCUCAUUCACUGCCCUGUGGUCAAACUCAGAAGAUCCAGGCACAUUAUAUUCUGAAUGAACAGGUCCUGAAGAAUCUAAAGGAGCUCGUCUUCUAUUAUCUGAUUAUGGCAAAAGGAGACAUUGUCCGAAAUGGAACCCAUGUACUGCCUAUAGAGGAUGGAGACAUGAAAGGCCAUUUUUCCCUGUCAUUCCCUGUGGAGUCAGACAUUGCUCCCAUUGCUAGAUUGCUCAUCUAUGCCAUUUUACCUGACGGAGAAGUGGUUGGGGAUUCUGCAACAUAUGAAGUUGAAAAGUGUCUUGCCAACAAGGUGAAUUUGAGCUUCAAGUCAGCACAAAGUCUUCCGGCUUCAUUCACCCAGCUGAGAGUCUCGGCUUCUCCUGAGUCCCUCUGCGCUCUCCGUGUGGUGGACCAAAGUGUGCUGCUCUUGAAGCCUGAGGCUGAGCUCUCUCCAUCCUCGGUUUAUAACCUGCUACCAGUAAAAGACCUCUCUGGCUUCCCUGAGAGUUUGAAUCGGGAGGAAGAUGAUGGAGACUGUGUCAGUCCUCCUAAUGCCUACAUUAAUGGAAUCAUGUAUUCCCCAGUAUCAAACACAGAGGAAAAAGAUAUGUAUAGCUUCCUACAGGACAUGGGUUUAAAGGUAUUCACCAACUCAAAGAUUCGUAAACCCAAAAUAUGCGCACAGUCUGAAAAGCAUGGAAUACUGUCUGGAAGACUAUUAUCUUCUCCAGAAGCCUUUGAAAUGCGAAGAACCCCAAACUUUGCCGAUUUGGAAGCGGGUUCAGUGAUUUCAGAGUCUCACACUGAGACUGUCCGAAAGUAUUUCCCUGAGACAUGGAUCUGGGACUUGCUGGUGGUAGACUCAUCAGGUGUGGCUGAAAUAGGAGUAACAGUGCCUGACACCAUCACCGAGUGGAAGGCAGGAGCCCUUUGCCUGUCCGAUGACACUGGACUUGGUCUCUCUCUUCCUGCCACUCUCCAAGCCUUCCAGCCGCUCUUUGUGGAGCUCACAAUGCCCUACUCUGUGGUCCGUGGAGAGGCCUUCACGCUAAAGGCCACUGUCUUAAACUACCUUCCCAGAUGCAUACCGGUCCAUGUGCAGCUGGAAGACUCUCCGGAAUUCCUAGCUGUCCCAGAAGAAAAGGAAGAAGAGUCUCAUUGCAUCUGUGGGAAUGGGCGGCACACCGUGUCCUGGGCAAUAACCCCGAAGUCAUUAGGGAAUGUGAAUUUCACCGUGAGCGCAGAGGCACUGCAGUCUCAAGAGCUGUGCGGGACUGAGGAGACUGUGGUUCUUGAACAUGGAAAGAAAGAUACAAUCAUCAAGCCCCUGUUGGUUGAACCUGAAGGACUAGCGAAAGAAACAACAUGCAACUCCCUGCUCUGUCCAUCAGGCGAUGAGGUGUCUGAAAUAUUAUCCCUGAUGUUGCCACCAAAUGUGGUAGAAGAAUCCGCCCGAGCCUCUGUCUCAGUUUUGGGAGACAUAUUAGGCUCUGCCAUGCAAAACACACAAAAUCUCCUCCAGAUGCCCUUUGGUUGCGGAGAACAGAAUAUGGUCCUCUUUGCUCCUAACAUUUAUGUUCUGGAUUAUCUGAAUGAAACACAGCAACUGACUCCACAGAUCAAGUCCAAGGCAAUUGGCUACCUCAUCACUGGUUACCAGAGACAGCUGAACUAUAAGCACCGCGAUGGGUCCUACAGCACCUUUGGGGAACAAUAUGGCAGGAGCCAGGGAAAUACCUGGCUCACAGCCUUUGUACUAAAGACUUUUGCCCAGGCUCGACCCUACAUCUUCAUUGAUGAAACACACAUUACCCAAGCCCUCACCUGGCUGUCCCAGAAGCAGAAAGACAAUGGCUGUUUCAGGAGCUCAGGGUCACUGCUCAACAAUGCCAUUAAGGGUGGAGUAGAUGAUGAAGUGACUCUCUCUGCCUAUAUCACCAUUGCCCUUCUGGAGAUUCCUCUCCCAGUCACUCACCCUGUUGUCCGCAAUGCCCUGUUCUGCCUGGAGGCAGCCUGGAAGUCAGCCCAGGACGGAGCCCACAGCAGCCAUGUCUACACCAAGGCACUGUUGGGAUAUGCUUUUGCCCUGGCAGGUAACCAGGACAAGAGGAGAGAGAUACUCGAGUCACUUGACAAGGAAGCUGUGAAGGAAGAUACUUCCAUGCACUGGACACGACCUCAGAAACCCAAGGAACCAGUGAAUCCUUUUUACCAACCCCAGGCUCCCUCUGCUGAGGUGGAGAUGACAUCCUACGUGCUCCUCGCCUACCUCACCGCCCAGCCUGCCCCAUCCUCAGAGGAACUGAAUACUGCAUCACGUAUCGUUAAGUGGAUCACACAGCAACAGAAUUCCAAUGGAGGCUUUUCCUCCACCCAGGACACAGUGGUAGCUCUCCAUGCCCUCUCCAGAUAUGGAGCAGCCACUUUCACCAGGACUGGGAAGGCUGCACAGGUGACCAUUCAGGAUUCACAGACCUUUUCCACAAAUUUCCAAGUGGACAACAACAACCUCCUGUUACUGCAGCAGGUCUCACUGCCAAAGGUGUCUGAGAAAUACACUGCAAAAGUGACAGGAGACAGAUGUGUCUACCUCCAGACAUCCUUGAAAUACAAUGUUCUCCCAGAGAGCAAGGCAUUCCCAUUUGCUUUGGAGGUGAAGACUCUGCCCCCAACUUGUGAUGGACGCGAGGCUCACACCAGCUUCCAGAUCUCACUGAAUGUCGGUUACAAAGGAAGCCGCCCUGUCUCCAACAUGGUGAUUGCUGAUGUGAAGAUGGUAUCUGGUUUCAUUCCCCUGAAACCAACAGUGAGAGCGCUUGAAAGAUCUAACCAUGUGAGCAGGACAGAAGUCAGCAACAACCAUGUCUUGAUUUACCUGGAUAAGGUGACAAAUCAGACACUGAGCUUGUCCUUCAUAGUUGCGCAGGACAUCCCAGUAAGAGAUCUAAAACCAGCCAUAGUGAAAGUCUAUGAUUACUAUGAGACAGAUGAGUUUGCAAUUGCUGAGUACAAUGCUCCCUGCAGCAAAGAUCAAGGAAAUGCUUAA